GUAGAGUUCGCAAAUUUUGCAGCGCAGAAAAACCUUCGACGAGAAGGCGGUCUCCCCCAUGCCGUCGGCGUCGUUGUCGGCGAUGGCGUCGCAGCAUCCGCCGCCGCGGCAGGAGCUCGACCUCGACGCGUUCCUCCCCUCCUCUCCAACCUCCUCCGCGGCCUCCGAUGCCGACGCCGACCACCGCCGCGCCGUCGACGACCUCCUGCUGCUCCUCUCCUCGUCGGACUCCGACUCCGAGGAGUCCACCCCCAUCGCCAGCACCAGAAUCCGAGCCCCAGCCCGCGUACAAGCCCCGGCGCCGCCCGCUGAGCCCUCGCCGCUGCGUUCCCCGUCCGCGUCCUCGUCCCCGUCCCCGAGGAGAUCCACAUCCGCCUCGCCGUCGGAGACCCUCUCCUCCCUCGUCGCGAGAACCUUCUCCAGCAACAGCGCCUCCUCUUCCUCGUCGAAGCCACUGCCCUCGCUCUUCCGCGGCGUCCGCCCCAGCCCCAAGCCCGGCGCCGCGCUGGCCGCCGCUGCCGCGGCAUCCCGCGCGGUCCUUACCCCGCACGCGGCUGCAAUCAAGUCCCGCCGAUCAGCCUCGGCGUCCAUCGGGAAGCUCCUGGAGGAGGGCAGUGGCUCCGAGGCUUCCGAGGAGCUCCCUUCCACUGGAAGCUUGGAAGCAGAGGUAGAAGAAAAGGGGAACUCGGAAGUGGUUCCUGAACCAACAGAGCAGACUGUCAGCGGGAAUGUGACUGAUGAAUUUGAAGACGAGAAACAUGGAAAAGUGGAAAUUGAAGAGAGCUCUGAGUCUAUGAAGCUGGUGGAGGCGAGUACCCUUGAUUCUGUAGUCCCUGACGAUUUCAGCGAGUAUGAGCAAACGGCUGAAAAUGGCAAUUUGGUGGAAACCGACAAAAUUGAGAAUAAAAAUGUGGUUGUCUAUGAGGGAAAUGCAAAUGACCAAACUGGAGAUGAUGAUUAUAUGCAAUCAGCUCAAGGUAUGGAUCCAGCUGGAUCUGUUUCCGAGGAAAGUUUUGAUGAUGACCAGGAAGCUGACAGGUCCGUCGAAGAGCAAGUGGAAUCUGAGAGUUUAAUUGAUAAGGUGAUUGAGGAGAGGAUGGAGCAGCUGGAGAUCGGCAGGAAGGCUGAGAAGAAUACAGAGAAGAAGCAGAAGGUGUCAAUGAAACCGUUGGAGUGGGCAGAGGAGCUUGAGAAGAGGCAGGCCUCGUUUGGUCAACACUGGGAAGAAGGAGCAGCUGCGCAACCCAUGCAAUUAGAGGGGAUUGGAAAGGGCCCACCAGCUAUUGGUUAUAUGCAAAUUGAGAUGGACAACCCAGUAACUCGUGCCAUGUCCUCCCCGUCAUUUAGGCCGGACCAUGGUUCUCCCCAGGUGCUGGCAGUUCAUAGGAGCUAUAUAGCGAUGGGUACGUCUAAAGGUGCUGUCAUUGUCAUUCCAAGCAAAUACUCCAUUCAUCAAGCUGAUGAUACAGACGCAAAGAUGCUGUUCUUUUGGAACCAAGGUGAGAAGACUCAAUCACCAGUGACUGCCAUGUGCUUUAACCAGCAAGGGGAUCUUCUACUAGUAGGAUAUGCCGAUGGUCAUAUGACAAUUUGGGACGUACAGAAAGGUACAGCAGCAAAAGUCAUAUAUGGUGAGCAUAUGGCACCAGUAGUGCAUGUUUGUUUUAUCCGCCAAUCUAAGGCCAUCACUGGGGAUUCAAAAGGGGUAGUUCUAUUGCACACAUUUUCCAUUAUCCCAGUAAUUAACCGUUUGACUGUAAAGGGCACCCAGCGACUUUUUGAUGGAAAUACUGGAAUUGUGCUCUCAGCCUGUCCUCUUCUAGUGGAUGAAUCCUUUGGUUUUAGCAACUCAUCUGCCCAGGCAAACCAAACAACUUCCUCCAGUGGUAGUGGUCUUGGAAGCAUGAUGGGUGGUGUUGUUGGAGGUGUAGUUGGAGUAGAUUCUGGAUGGAAGUUUUUCAACGAAAGCUCCUCUACAGUGGAGGAUGGUGUUGUGGUCAUGUUUAUUAUGUAUCAGCAUGCUCUUGUGGUUAGACUCCGUACCAAUAUUGACCAUGUUGACCAUAUUGAGACCUUCUCUAGACCAGAUGGAGCACGAGAGGGCUCCAUCGCUUAUGCUGCAUGGAAGUACACAUCAUCCUUCAGUGAUUCAUCAUCAUUAGAUGAAGAACGAGUAUCAUGGCUUGCACUUGCAUGGGACCGUCAAGUGCAAGUGGCAAAAUUUGUUAAAUCAAAGAUAGUUAAACACAAGGAAUGGAAGCUUGAUAGUGCAGCUAUUGGUGUUGCCUGGUUAGAUGACCAGAUGUUAGUUGUCCUUAAUGUGAGAGGACAGCUCUGUUUGUUCUCUAAAGAUGGCAGUGAGCUUCGCAGAACUACCUUUGUUCCGGAUGGCCUUCUGUUUGAUGACACUAUAUUGCACCAUGCACAUUUUUCUAACAAGUUUGGUAACCCAGAGAGGCAUUUUAACAGUUCAGUAGCAGUAAGAGGUGCUACAGUGUAUAUCCUUGGGCCAACCUUUCUCACAGUUUCACGGCUUCUUCCAUGGAAAGAACGAAUUGAAGCACUAAAGAGAGCUGGCGAUUGGAUGGGUGCACUGGACAUGGCAAUGAGGCUUUAUGAUGGUCAGACACAGGGUGUUGUUGAUCUCCCGAGAACAGUUGAUUCAAUUAGAGAAGCCAUAAUGCCUUACUUAGUAGAGUUGCUUCUAUCAUAUAUAAGCUAUGUCUUCGAAUAUAUCUCGAUUUCAUUGUCAAGUCAUACUGGAAAGGGGGGAGAGACAGAUGCUCUAAUUGAGGCUGAUAGAUCCCUGCUGACACAAAGAGAGGAACAAUAUGCUCGUGUAGGAGGGGUUGCAGUUGAGUAUUGUGUCCACAUUGGGCGCAACGACAUCCUUUUUGAUACAGUAUUCUCUAAGUUUGUUGCUGCACAAAGUGGAGGCAUGUUUCUGGAGGUACUAGAGCCCUAUAUAUUGAAGGAUAUGCUUGGUUCUCUCCCCCCUGAGAUUAUGCAAGCACUAGUGGAGCACUAUAGCGGCAAAGGAUGGUUGCAGCGAGUUGAACAAUGCAUUCUUCACAUGGAUAUUUCUUCAUUGGAUUUUAAUCAGGUAGUCAGACUGUGUCGUGAACACGGGCUAUAUGGUGCACUAAUUUAUUUAUUUAACCAAGGUCUGAAUGAUUUCCGUACACCUCUAGAGGAACUUUUAUCAGUCAUUCAGAAUAGCAACAGAAAAGAUGCUGCUUCUACUGGAUACAGGAUGCUUGUUUAUCUGAAAUAUUGCUUUCAGGGUCUGGCAUUUCCCCCAGGGCAUGGGAUAAUUCCCCGAUCCCGCCUUCAUUCAGUGAGGGAAGAACUUCUGCAAUUUCUGCUUGAAGAAUCCAAGUCACUUACUUCUGAAGUAUUUAAGGGUUUUAGUGCUUCUUGUGGGAAGUGCCCAAACAUAUGCUAUCUUCUUUGGAUGGAUACAGAAGCUACCUUGGAAGUUCUCAAAUGUGCUUUUGCACAAGACAGCAUUGAACCUAGAGAUGAACUUUCUGGUACUGCCAACGCACCUGCCUCAGAGGAUGAAGAUGGCAUUGUCGCUGGAAACCCAGGGAGUCAAAAUAAUAUGGUACAAAAUGUAAUGGAUGCUAUCGUUGACAUUGUUGGUUUGGAAAAUGAGGUGAUUCGGUCUGUUGUUAUGGGUACAGCUGACUCAGAAUUUUGGCCUUCAGAGAAGGAAUUUGGUUAUUUAAUCGAGUUUGUGUCCUUUUUUGUUUCCCACAAAAGGGCUAUUGCAUCUAAAAGAGUUGUUAUGCAUAUUCUCACUUAUCUCACUUCGUCUUAUGAUGACACAAGAACAAGGACUCAGAAAGAAAAAGAAGUUAUUCAACUCUUCAAUGCAGUUCCCCAAAAUGACUGGAAUUCUGAUUUUGUCUUGGACCUCUGUUCAGAUGCUCAUUUUCAUCAGGCCUGUGGCUUGAUAUUUACGACCAGGAAUCAGAAUUUAGCUGCUCUAGAUAGUUACAUGAAGGAUAAAGAGGAACCAUUCCAUGCUUUUAUCUUCAUUGAUAAAAGGUUAUUCAAAUUGGCUGAUGAUGAAGCUUUGUCAUUUCGUACCACAGUAAUAUCUCGUUUUCCUGAGUUAGUCAAGCUAAGCAGGGAAUGUGCAUUUGUCUUAGUCACUGAUCAUUUCUGUGAUAAGGUCCAGCAAAUAUUAGCAGAGCUUCAGUCUGAUCGACACAGCCUCUUUCUUUUCUUGAAAACUGCUAUUGAAGUGCACUUGUCAGGAAAACUUGACUUCAGUAAGCUUAGUGUAAGAAACAAUCAAACUGUUGAACUUCAGUACUCUUCCACUGACCUUGAAGAUUAUCACCAGAGGUUAUCAAAUAUCAAGUUAGACCACAAUCCUGUUUCUAUUGACGAUGAGUUAGUUGAACUAUAUCUGGAGCUUUUGUGUCAGUAUGAGAGAAGGUCGGUUCUGAAGUUUCUGGAGACUUUUGACAGUUACAGAUUAGAACGGUGCUUGCAUCUUUGCCUAGAUUACGGAGUUACAGAUGCUGCUGCAUUUUUGCAAGAGAGGGUUGGUGAUGUUGGGAGUGCCCUUGCACUUAUCCUGGCUGGACUUGAUGAGAAAAUCAGCGUAUUCAUCUCUUCUGUGGAAAAUACUUUAUCUGAUGUUGCAGCAAAAGGUACCUCUGAGACUGAAAUUGUUCUAGAAAUGAAUGAGGCUCAUCCAGUUCUUGAUGCAUUACAUGCCUCCAUUGGGUUGUGCCAAAGAAAUUCACAACGCUUGGACCCAGAGGAAUCUCAGUCUCUUUGGUUCCAACUGCUUGACUCCUUUUCAGAGCCACUGAAAAAAUUGUAUGGAAGCAACGAUGUAAAUGAAAAAAGUGCCAGGUCCAAGGGGAGCGAAGCACCAAUUGAACAUCUGAAGGGAAAAGCACUAUCACAGCGAAUAAAGAUUUCAGCUAAACAAAGGUGCCUAAAUGUUCUGCGGAAAAUAUUUUCACAAUUUGUUGGAGAAAUAAUAGAGGCAAUGGCUGGGUAUAUACCCCUACCAGCAAUCAUGGCAAAACUUUUAUCCGAUAAUGGGAAUCAAGAGUUUGGUGAUUUCAAACUUGUGAUACACAGAAUGUUAUCUAUGUAUCUUUACGAAAAAAGAAUACUGGAAACAGCGAAGUCAGUAAUUGAGGACGACUCGUUUUAUACCUUGAGCUUAUUGAAGAGAGGAGUUUGUCAUGGAUUUGCUCCACAGACUUUUGUAUGCUGCAUAUGCAACUGCUCACUUUCUAAAGAAGGUGCUAUUUCAGCCAUACGGUUGUUCAGUUGUGGGCAUGCAACACAUCUUCAGUGUGAGUCUGAGCAGAGCAGGUCAUCCAGUCAGGAAUCUAAAGAUGGAUGCCCUGUCUGUCUCUCAACGAGUAAUACACAAGCCCGAAACAGAUCGCAUAUGGUUGAUAAUGGACUAGUCAAGUUUUCUGGGACUGAACAGGAAUUGUCACAUGGCAUCCAUCAGACUCAUGAAGUCGAUCAUGCUGAGAGAUCUCGCGGGCUUCAACAUAUGUCACGGUAUGAAAUACUGAGUAAUCUUCAGAAAGAGCAGAAGUCCUUCCAUAUAGAAACUGUACCUCCAUUGAAACUUGCACCACCAGCUAUAUAUCAUGAAAAGAUACAGAAGAGGACCACUUCGGUGGGGGAACCUAGCAAACAUUUAGUUAGAGGACAAAACCCCCGGAAAAUAUGGCAAAUGAAGGAGCAAAAGUCAAGCGUAUUCCGUGAGUUACUCCCAUCACUGACAUCAUAGGCAUCAAUUUCAUUGUGCUGAUUUAAUUAUGGAAUUUUGUUUGCCUGCUUACUUUCAUUGAUCCUCUGCAGGUUAAUAUAAGAAUCAAGUGCUCUACUGUUUGUAUGGAACCAAUUCAAACUGAUUGUUAAUUUGCUUCAUGACAUCACCGCAAUAGGAUCUUCAAAGACUAUUAAUUUGCGAGCUGCUCAUCAGUACAUAAUUUUCGUCUUUGGGAUGCGUCUUGUCCUUUCGGAAUCAUGCAAUUCUCCCACUUUAUACCUUGAUCAAAGGUUUUGUGGAGUUAGGUUGCUUUGAGCUAGGGAGGGAUUCUCAACACCGAUGAGAGCAUAGAAAUUAGAUCCUAAAGUGAGGCUGUUACUUGGAGGUAGAGUUCCUAUUUUUUUCAAAGACGAAGUUGAGUAGUUCGUGAUAAGCCAUGCAGCUCAUCAUGCUUACUUCCUGUACAGAAGCAUACGCGUGGUGACAGGAGCCUUGUAUAGUCUGUAAAAUAGUCUAAACUCUGAAGUAACACAGGAGCGCUGGCAUGUGUAUACAGCACUAGAAUAAUGCUUGUACGCCCACAUGAACUCCAACCAGCUGAGCCGCUAUACUAUCGGUUCUGAUGUAAAGUCACAUAAUUUUUUUUUAAAAAAAAUAUCAAUGCACGCAAUAGCCUUUUUCUCUGU